AUGCAAAAACAAAGAUUGGCCAAGGAAUUAGCGAAAAUAACGUCUUUUCCUCCGACUGGAAUAUGUUUGUACUACAAAGACGAAUCAACAAAUGUUUUAGAAGCAAAAGUGGAAGGACCACCUAAUUCUUCUUAUUCAGGGGGCAUUUUUACUUUGGAAAUUAAUAUACCCGAAAGAUAUCCGUUUGUACCACCACUAAUAAAGUUCAUGACAAAAAUAUACCACCCAAAUAUUGAUGACAACGGUCGUAUAUGCUUGGAUUUGUUAAAAAUGCCUCCAGCAGGUAAUUGGAAACCUACAAUUGGAAUUGAGGGGCUUUUAAUUGCUGUAAGAAUGCUCAUUGAGUGUCCUAACCCAGAUGAUCCCUUAAUGGCUGAUAUUGCCGAGGAAUAUAAGAAUUACAUUGAUGAAUUUAAGAAUAAGGCUAAAAAGUAUACUUUAAAAUAUGCCAUACAAUAA